AACAGUACAGUGCGUGUUUUCUCCCGCCUUGCCCAACUCUACAGUCUCUCUCAACGCCACGCCUCUUCUUCUUCUUCUUCUUCCCGUCAGCUCUUCUGCGUUUCCGCCCAUUGCUGAGUUCUCAGCUAUGGCGCCAAGGAACAAGCGCCCGAAGAAGGGUUUGCGCAGAAUAGACGCCGCGCUUGAUGCAAUGCGCCCGUUAGGGUUUCCCGAUCACUUGGUUCGCACAUCAGUCAAAGAACUCCUCAAGGUGUAUGGAGAAGAGGGAUGGGCGUUUAUUGAGGAUGGAGCAUACAGAGUUCUGAUUGAGGUGAUGUUAAGUGAACAAAAGGAAUCUGAUCACGAGCAUGAUGAUCCUGGGGAAAAGCUUGCCCAGGAAUGUUCUGGUUUGCAGGGAAAUACAGAAUGUUCAGAGGCAGGACAGUGUGGAGAUCAUGAUGGGGUUGAAUCCAUUAAUGAACUUGAAGUUCCUCACAACCAAAUGGAUAACCAAGGGAAAGGUCUAGAUCAUACUAUCAGCUCCGUAGUGACGGACGAUAUGCAGCAGCAACACCGGGGGCGAGUUCUCUUUGGCUUUGCUCCCACGCGAUUCUCUCUUCCUCGGACAGAUUCUGUAUCUUUUGGCUUUGCUCCCGCAUACGCUCCUCCACAGACAGACUCUGCAUCUUCGAAAAGAAGGCGUAAACCUUGCUAUGGAUGGAUUAGCGAUGAUGAUGAUGAAGACGAGGAAGAUAACAUCGAUAAUACUAUCUAAACACAGCGAUGUUCAUAGAUGACAAUGCCUGCAGAUUUGCAGGUUAUAUGCACUUGCUAUCUGCCAAUUUACCUGUCUUAUACUUUUAAUUUAUGAUUUUGAGGUUAUAAUGUGAUGGUAGUUUGGCAGAUGUAUAUAUUAUCUUAUUUUGACAUAGGCAAGUGACAUCUUUUGUUGGUACUAGGAUGUUUACAGUUUAUAUGCUUAAGUAAUAUUACAGUUUA